UUCUCCGAGGAAGAAAUCGAAUGAACCGUAGCAAGUGAAACUGUAGAUGAUACGCAAAAAAAUAAGAACUGUUUGGCAGUGUAGUUAAGUUUUAAGCCACAGCUUAUCCAAGCAACAGAGUCCCUAAGAAAGCGGAACUUGUAAGGGAGAAAGAGGGAAAUGGCUGCUGGAGAAUCAUCUUUUAAGGGAAUCAAAAGGGUUGAUGCUUUUUCAAUGUAACAGAGCUCAACCGUAAAGUUUGUGAAAAUCGUUUGCUUUGGAAUUGCUGAUAUUGGGCUCUUCAUCAAUGGCUAGGCAGCGAAUUCUAUCUGAGAUGGGAUAUGAGUUUACAAUCAUGACUGCAGAUAUUGAUGAGAAAAGUAUUAGAAAAGAAAAGCCAGAAGACUUGGUGACGGCUCUUGCUGAGGCAAAGGCAGAUGCCAUCAUAUCAAUGCUCCAGAAUACUGGCAUAAUAGAGGAAGAUGCACACACAACAUUAUUAAUUACUGCAGAUACGGUUGUGGUCUAUAAGGGGAUGAUCAGAGAAAAACCAAGCAGUGAGGAAGAAGCACGAGAAUAUAUCAAAGGAUAUUCUGGGGGCCAUGCGGCAGUGGUAGGAUCUGUUCUUGUGACUAAUCUUAGAACAGGAGCAAGCAAAGGUGGAUGGGAAAGUGCAGAGGUUUACUUCCACGACAUACCAGAUGAGGUGAUCAAUAACCUGAUUGAUGAAGGAAUCCCAUUCAAGGUUGCUGGAGGUCUGAUGCUGGAACAUCCUCUAACAUUGCCAUUUGUUGAAGCAGUGAUAGGAGCAACUGAUACUGUGAUGGGACUAUCUAAAUCUCUCACAGAAAAACUUAUACAGGAAGCUCUAUUUCUACAAAGUUCACCCCCGGGCAUUCCGAAUGUGAGCUGAGGAUGAAUUUCAUGGCAAGUGAUUUUCGGAACCCUGGUGGAAUUUGCAGGCUCGAAUCUCAUACAAAUAGAUUGCAUAUAGCUAGUUCCUCUCUAAUGGGGAGGUUUCUAUUCCUUUCCUUAGGCAAAUGGAACAGUCAUUUUGCUUGAUUUUUCACCUCUUUCGAUAUUAAUCGUUUUGUUCAUAAUUGUUUCAUUAAUACAGAAAAAGAUGGAAAUAAAUGCAAGAGUCUUUUGUAGAAAUGAAAAUCUAUUAUGAUGCACCAUAGUUGUAAAUUUGACGCUUAUACCAUACCAAGUAAGGUAAGCAUUUUGUUA